CCGGCGCCAUUUUGAAAGUGGAGUCGCCUACCCUGCCGCUGCUGCCGCCGCCGUCGCUGUCGUAGCCGCCGCCGCCGCUGCUGGAGAAAGAGCAAGAGUGGGGAAGACCAAGAGUGAAAUCCACCAUCCCGCCGGCUGGUUUGCCAGCCCCUCCUUCCUUCUCCCCCGACCCCCGCCCCCUCCCCCCACAGGUGCCAUCCGCCGCCAUCCGCCCUCUCUACCCCCCCAUCCCCAGGUGAGGGGGGUGAGUUCAGGAAGCGGAGACCCCGAGGAACCCAGCAGGGUCACCAUUUGCAGCGCAACAUGGCAGGUCCAAAGAGUGCAAGGCCUCUAAUACAGCGAGUUGCGUGAAAAAUGAGCUGGAGGAGGGAAUGAUAUUCAGUGGUGUUUUUCUCAGGUGAAAGGAGCAGUAGAUGAUGAUGUAGCAGAAGGAAAAUGGCUCUGGUGUCAAAAAGCAAGGAAAAAACCCUGAUAAUUUUAUUUGAACUUGACUGAAGUUAGCACCGACUUUGGGUGUAACAUGACUGAUUCUAGUAGCCCCUGCUGUGUUUGGGAGCCACAAGAAGAGCUGUGCAUAUUGAAGGUGCAUAGCACAAAGCAUUGCUGCAGAUAUAAUUUCUACAGUAGAAUUUAAUCAUUCUGGAGAAUUACUAGCAACCGGAGAUAAAGGUGGUAGAGUCGUCAUCUUUCAACAGGAGCAGGAGAACAAAAUCCAGUCUCAUAGCAGAGGAGAAUAUAAUGUUUACAGCACCUUUCAGAGCCAUGAACCAGAGUUUGACUACUUGAAAAGUUUAGAAAUAGAAGAAAAGAUCAACAAAAUUAGGUGGUUACCCCAGAAAAAUGCUGCUCAGUUUUUAUUGUCUACCAAUGAUAAAACAAUAAAAUUAUGGAAAAUCAGUGAAAGGGACAAAAGACCAGAAGGGUAUAAUUUGAAAGAGGAAGAUGGAAGGUAUAGAGAUCCUACUACAGUCACUACACUACGUGUGCCGGUCUUUAGGCCCAUGGAUCUAAUGGUUGAGGCCAGUCCACGACGAAUAUUUGCCAAUGCUCAUACAUAUCACAUCAACUCAAUUUCUAUUAAUAGUGAUUAUGAAACGUAUUUAUCUGCAGAUGAUUUGCGGAUUAAUCUUUGGCACCUGGAAAUUACAGACAGGAGUUUUAACAUUGUGGAUAUCAAGCCUGCCAAUAUGGAGGAGCUGACAGAGGUGAUUACAGCAGCAGAAUUCCAUCCAAACAGUUGUAACACAUUUGUAUACAGCAGCAGUAAAGGAACUAUUCGGUUAUGUGACAUGAGGGCAUCUGCCCUCUGUGAUAGGCAUUCUAAACUGUUUGAAGAACCUGAAGAUCCGAGUAACAGGUCUUUUUUUUCUGAAAUCAUCUCUUCAAUUUCUGAUGUAAAAUUCAGCCAUAGUGGUCGAUAUAUGAUGACUAGAGACUAUUUGUCAGUCAAAAUUUGGGACUUAAAUAUGGAAAACAGGCCUGUGGAAACAUACCAGGUGCAUGAAUACCUCAGAAGUAAACUUUGUUCACUAUAUGAAAAUGACUGCAUAUUUGACAAAUUUGAAUGUUGUUGGAAUGGAUCUGACAGUGUUGUCAUGACUGGAUCUUACAAUAAUUUCUUCAGAAUGUUUGACCGGAACACAAAGCGAGACAUAACCCUAGAAGCAUCACGGGAAAACAAUAAACCUCGCACAGUUCUGAAGCCACGCAAAGUGUGUGCAAGUGGCAAGCGAAAGAAAGAUGAAAUAAGCGUUGACAGCCUAGACUUCAACAAGAAAAUACUUCAUACAGCCUGGCACCCCAAGGAAAAUAUCAUUGCUGUAGCUACUACAAACAAUCUGUAUAUAUUUCAAGACAAAGUGAAUUAGGGUUGGCAUUCCUAGCAGAAGAGCCCACUUCCUGCUUAGUUGAGAUAGUUGAAUCUAGCAUUCAUACUUAAAAAAAGAGAGAGGUCCAUUGUGGCGCCCCUUUUCCAGUGUUUGACAAUGUGCCAUUCGACAACACAUUUUUAAUAGCUACAUGGAGAAAGCUCUGUGGGUUCCUCCCUGUGGUGUUCUCCAUGUCUGCUAGCCAUUUAGGUAAGGGUAGGGCACUUUUAAUUUAAAUGACUUCUUGCACCAUCUUGCCUAAUGGACUAGAUUGGACUGUAUCAACAUUGAUUUACUCCACUUUUUAUGCCUUCCAUUGUGAUGACGUCAAACACAGUGAAAGCCUUCAGUCAUGCUUAUGGGAUUUAAUUGUGUAUCCUCAUUACUGUAUCAUUUGUGGGGUACACCCCCUCCCCCCUUUUUUAAAUUAAAUACAGCUCAUUCUUACUGUGGCUUGUAGCAUUCCUCCUCUUCUGGCCUCCUGGACUCUUCCCCUUCAUCUCUCUUACCCUUGCCCCUCCACCCAGUCUUGGUGGUGGUAUAAAAAAGGAAAGAACGAAAGCACACAAAACGAGUCAGUUGGGGUCAGUGGUAAAGGGGGUAUAUGUUGCGAACAAAUGUUUUAAUAACAGUUGGCUGUAAUCACUCCUUGCCGUGUCUGGCACUGAAAAUAAGGAAAAAAAAAAACUACUACUGAAUAAAAGUGACAAAGAAUGGAGAA